AGAAUGGGGUGCCUCAAGACUGUCCGUAAUUUUAAAGGGUGCCUCGGGACUGUCCGUAAUUUUAAAGGGUGCCUCGGGACUGUCCAUCAUUUUAAAGGGUGCCUCGGGACUGUCCAUCAUUUUAAAGGGUGCCUCGGGACUGUCCAUCAUUUUAAAGGGUGCCUCGGGACUGUCCAUCAUUUUAAAGGGUGCCUCGGGACUGUCCAUCAUUUUAAAGGGUGCCUCGGGACUGUCCAUCAUUUUAAAGGGUGCCUCGGGACUGUCCAUCAUUUUAAAGGGUGCCUCGGGACUGUCCAUCAUUUUAAAGGGUGCCUCGGGACUGUCCAUCAUUUUAAAGGGUGCCUCGGGACUGUCCAUCAUUUUAAAGGGUGCCUCGGGACUGUCCAUCAUUUUAAAGGGUGC